AUGACAAAACCCACAGCCAAAGAAUUGCAACCUACAGCCAAACCAAAAGAGAUGAUGAAACCAACAGCCAAACCCAAAGAGAUGACAAAACCAACAGCCAAGGAACUGCAAUCUACAGCCAAACCAAAAGAGAUAACAAAACCAACAGCCAAGGAAUUGCAACCUACAGCCAAACCAAAAGAGAUGACAAAACCCACAGCCAAGGAACUGCAACCAACAGCCAAACCCAAAGUGACGGUACAGACAAACUCCACACCCAAAACACAACAGACAAACCAUACACCCAAAACACAACAGACAAACUCCACACCCAAAACACAACAGACAAACUCCACACCCAAAACACAACAGACAAACCAUACACCCAAAACACAACAGACAAAACCUACACCCAAAACACUACAGACAAAACGUACACCAAAAACACAACAGACAAAACCUACAGCCAAACCAGCAGUGCCAAAACACACAAUGAAGCUGACACAGACUACCAAGAGUCGCAAGACAAAGACAGGGAAACAUCAAAAGAAAGACAAAAUAAAUGAGAGGAAAGGUAAACCUCUGAAAAAGGACAACAAAACCAAAGAGACAAAACAGGAGAAGAAGGAGGGCACAAAUCCGGCAUAUUUCCCCUACUUCAAAGACAACUACUGUCCCCCGGAUUGUGCCUGCUAUGGACGAGUGGUCCAGUGUUCCGACAAGGGGGUGGAGAAGGUUCCGUACGGCAUCCCUUAUAACUCCCGCUACGUCCUCCUGAUGAACAACCGCAUCGACAGCAUUCAGCUGGACCUGCUCAAUGAGUACCUGUCCAUGGAGUUCCUGGUGCUCAGCAACAACCGGCUGACAGACUGCUCCAUCGAGGGGGCAUUCGAGGGCAUCCCGGCCCUGAGGCGGCUCUACUUGGACCGGAACCUACUGGAGAGUGUGCCCACAGACCUGCCCGCCUCCCUGGAAGAGCUGCGUCUGGAUAACAACCGGCUUAAUGUGAUGUCGGAGGGGGCCUGGGCCCACUGCCCCGGCCUGCUGGUCCUCAGCCUGAGCAACAACAGCCUGGGGAAUGGGAAUGAUACUCUCCCCGCCAGUGUGCUCUCACCUCUGGGCAGCCUGCGCACCCUCAGCCUGGACCACAACCGGCUGGCCUCGGUGCCUCUGGGCUUACCGCUAUCUAUCAGGGAGUUGUACCUCCGUGGCAACCUUAUCCAGAAGUUCCCAGGGGAGGCCUUCAUGGGUACCUCAGAGCUGGUGAUUCUGGAUCUGAACGCUAACCGGCUAACCAACCAUGGCUUGCUCAGGGAGUCCCUCGUCAACGCCACCCACUUGGAGAACCUCAACUUAGAGUGCAACCAGCUCAAGAAGGUACCCCGCCACCUCCCCUCUUCCCUCAAAACCCUGAACCUGGAGGGCAACCUCAUCUCCUCCGUGGGCAAAGCCUCCUUCCUCCACCUCCCCCACCUGGAGCAUCUGGGCCUUGCCAGUAACAAGAUAGUCAGGGUGGCCUCGGGGGCCUUCAGGGCGCUGCCCGUCUUGCACCAGCUGGACCUGUGUCACAACGGCCUGAGACAGGUGCCCAAGCAGCUGCCCCGGGGGCUACACUCGGUGGCACUCACACACAACAAGAUCCACUCAGUGCCCCGCGACGCCUUCUGCUGGGGGGGUUCAGACCCCGGUCUCAGCAGCCUGGUGCUGGUGCAGCUGGAGCACAACCUCAUAGACCUGGGCCACCUGGACGCAAAAGCCUUCCAUUGCCUCAGAGUCUUCCAGGUGGUACACUUCUACUGAGCUGCAGUCUAUAGAAUCCUGCAGGACAGUCAUACUGCAAAUAUAGAUUAUAGACAAUCCCACAACUGAAACCAAUUGCAGGGGUUUUUCCUGCUCAACCUGAACGUCCGUUGGGCUCCAACAUGGCGGCAAAAUGUUCUGCAAUACACAUAGAGAAACAGACAUCAUGUCGGGAGCUGAUUUUGAUUCAACAUUACAAGAUAACAAUGCAAGAUGGCCAGUUGAGUGAACUUGGAUCUCAAUGUGGAUAGCUAUACUGUACUGUAUGUCGUUGCUUUGGGUAAAGCUGUGAUUGUUGGAAGCCGCGAUAAGUGUUCAGAGAAAAUACUUGUUUGAACCGGUCCCAUGAAGUCUGUGUUGAAAGACUAUGGCCUACUUCAAGGUCAAUGAUGCCACGUACAGUUGAAGUCGUACGUUUACAUGCACCUUAGCCAAAUACAUUUCAACUCAGUUUUUCACAAUUCAUGACAUUUAAUCGUAGUAGAAAUUCCCUGUCUUAGGUCAGUUAGGAUCACCACUAUUUUAAGAAUGUGAAAUGUCAGAAUAAUAGUAGAGAGAAUGAUUUAUUUCAGCUUUAAUUUCUUUCAUCACAUUCCCAGUGGGUCAGAAGUUUACAUACAGUCAAUUAGUAUUUGGUAGCAUUGCCUUUAAAUUGUUUAACUUAGGUCAAACGUUUUGGGUAGCCUUCCACAAGCUUCCCACAAUAAGUUGGGUGAAUGUUGGCCCAUUCCUCCUGACAGAGCUGGUGUAACUGAGUCAGGUUUGUAGGCCUGCUUGCUCGCACACGCCUUUUCAGUUCUGCCCACAAAUUUUCUAUGGGAUUGAGGUCAGGGCUUUGUGGCCACUCCAAUACCUUGACUUUGUGGUUCAUAAGCCAUUUUGCCACAACUUUGGAAGUAUGCUUGGGGUCAUUGUCCAUUUGGAAGACCCAUUUGCGACCAAGCUUUAACUUCCUGACUGAUGUCUUGAGAUGUUGCUUCAAUAUAUCCACAUAAUUUUCCUCUCUCAUGAUGCUAUCUAUUUUGUGAAGUGCACCAGUCCCUCCUGCAUCAAAGCACCCCCACAACAUGAUGCUGCCACCCCCGUGCUUCACGGUUGGGAUGGUGUUCUUUGGCUUGCAAGCCUCCCCCUUUUUCCUCCAAACAUAACGAUGGUCAUUGUGGCCAAACAGUUCUAUUUUUGUUUCAUCAGACCAGAGGACAUUUCUCCAAAAAGUACGAUCUUUGUCCUCAUGUGCAGUUGCAAACCGUAGUCUGGCUUUAUUAUGCCGGUUUUGGAGCAGUGGCUUCUUCCUUGCUGAGCGGCCUUUCAUGUUAUGUCGAUAUAGGACUCGUUUUACUGUGGAUAUAGAUACUUUUGUAUCUUCACAAGGUCCCUUGCUGUUGUUCUGGGAUUGAUUUGCACUUUUCGCACCAAAGUACGUUUACCUCUAGGAGACAGAACACGUCUCCUUCCUGAGCGGUAUGACGGUUGCGUGGUCCCAUGGUGUUUAUACUUGCGUGCUAUUGUUUGUACAGAUGAACAUGGUACCUUCAGGCGUUUGGAAAUUGCUCCCAAGGAUGAACCAGACUUGUGGAGGUCUACAAUUUGUUUUCUGAGGUCUUGGCUGAUUUAUAAUUGAUUUUCCCAUGAUGUCAAGCAAAGAGGCACUGACUUUGAAGGUAAGCCUUAAAAUACAUCCACAGGUACACCUCCAAUUGACUCAAAUGAUGUCAACUAGCCUAUCAGAAGCUUCUAAAACCAUGACAUAAUUUUCUGGAAUUUUCCAAGCUGUUUAAAGGCACAGUCAACUUAGUGUAUGUAAACGUUUGACCCACUGGAAUUGCGAUACAGUCAAUUAUAAGUGAAAUAAUCUGUCUGUAAACAAUUGUUGGAAAAAUUUACUUGUGUAAUGCACAAAGUAGAUGUCCUAACCGACUUGCCAAAACUAUAGUUUGUUAACAAGAAAUUUGUGGAGUGGUUGAAAAACUCGGUUUAAUGACUCCAACCUAAGUGUAUGUAAACUUCUGACUUCAACUUUAUGUGACUGUCAGCUGUAUCAAUUGUUAGCUAAAUGUGUUUCUAUUCAAUGUUGUCAUGUGAUUUAAAUGAAAGUUCCAUUAGUGGUCUGGAAGAGUCUCUCUUCUGGAAAGGGGUGAAUUGGCGAGUAAAUGGCAAAGCCUUAUUAACAAAAGCAACUCCAUUUCAACUCACGUUGGCCUAAUACGGGCAAGAAACUAUAGCACAGUCUAGGAAAAAUGUCUGCCUGCUGCAAAAUUAUUCUCCAAAAGUCCUUUAUUAAUUUCCAAAAACACCUCCAAAUACUUUUCAUAAGAGGGCUGAGGUAAUAUUUGAUUGACUAUCGUUAUUUAAGCUGAAAUGUGUUUAUCUGAAUGAAAGUUUAUUUUAUGGGUAAGAGCUUGGCCGUGCUGUACACCAAAUCCUUGGCAUGGCUCCUGGUUAUUGUUGGAUAGAAACAUGAUUUUAAACUUUGGCAUCCGUUUUUCACAGGCACCACUUGUCCUUUUAUGCCUCAUAAUGGCCUCUCCAGUCCAAAUGUUUCCAUUCUAAAGCGUUCUCUCCGCUUCAUGUAAACAAGUUAAUAAGAGAUGUUUUUGCCAAUAAAAUGUGUAUACAGCCAUGUCUGGUGAUUAACUACACCAAAAUUAUCAAACUUCCUGGGUGAAUAACAUUCAAAUCAGAGUUUGUUGAUUAGAUAAUGUUUUACCCUGUAGCAAUGACGUAUAACUGCUGUACAUUGCAAAUGUAUCCAUGAAUGGAUGUUGAUACAGUGCAUUCGGGAAAGUAUUCAGACCCCUUGACUUUUUCCACAUUUUGUUACAUUAAAGCCUUAUUCUAA